ACCGAACGUUCGGCGUCGGCUUAUGAGUAACCGCCCCAUCGUCGUCGGUUGUUUGUUGUAGAGUCGUAGAGCUAUUCCUCGUCAGUUGCCCCUGCCUGCUAUCCGGCUCCCAGCACUGCCGAGGGGUACGUGGUGCAUCACUCGAUCUAGUGAGGCUCAUUCACGCGCAGCAGCGACUCCCCGGCUGACGUGUUAAGUGCUUCCGCUGUCGCUGCCGCCACCGUCGCCGACAUUGUUGCUGCCACCGUUGUUGCGGCUGUCGCUCGAGGACGCUGCGACGUCAGCUGCAGCAGGAGUUGACGAGUGAAAACCAGAUAGAGCAAGGAUCGUCGUCGUUGAUCAUUCGAGUGAACUCGUCGUUGUUGCCGCCACCACUGCUGCCGCCGCCGUUGUCGUCCGCAAACUGUAAGAGCACACCGGUGGUGGCUCGCUGGCGACAUGGCAGCCAUCCGUAAGAAACUCGUGAUUGUCGGCGAUGGAGCUUGCGGGAAGACAUGCUUGCUUAUCGUGUUUAGCAAAGAUCAGUUCCCUGAGGUGUACGUGCCCACAGUUUUCGAAAACUACGUUGCCGACAUAGAAGUCGACGGUAAACAGGUCGAGCUCGCCUUGUGGGAUACAGCGGGACAGGAGGACUAUGACCGUCUUCGUCCUUUGUCCUACCCGGAUACAGAUGUUAUACUGAUGUGUUUCUCGAUUGAUUCGCCGGACUCGUUGGAAAACAUCCUCGAAAAAUGGCAUCCCGAAGUCAAACACUUCUGUCCAAGCGUGCCAAUCGUACUGGUCGCUAACAAAAAGGAUCUCCGAAAUGAUCCCACGACCAUCAAGGAAUUGGCCAAGAUGAAGCAAGAGCCCGUGAAGAGCGAAGAAGGUCGAUCUAUGGCUGAGAAAAUCAAUGCUUUCGGAUAUCUAGAGUGUUCCGCCAGGACCAAGGAAGGCGUGCGGGAGGUUUUCGAACUCGCUACGCGGGCCGCCCUUCAAGUAAAGCACAAGAAGAAAAAGCGCUGUGUUCUCAUGUAAAUUUUUUAUCGAACCACUCUUAAUUAAUCAACCGACGAGCUAACACCGUAAUGCGAGAAUAUCCUGUUGGAUGGAUGUGAGUUUUCGACGGAGAAAUCUCCGAGGAUGGAGAGCAAGAAGGCUGAUACGCCGGCGCCGCGCCGCGUACAAGCAAAUUGGUGACCGCAUCACCGGCUGGGUCCCGUCUUCCCUCACCGAAGUUGCCGCCGCCGCCAACCCUGUGCCGUCUGCUGCUCCGCGAACAGACAGCUCCUUCUUUUUUUCCGAAUCAAGCUAAAUUCCCCUGUCACUUCCUCUCAUUGAGUUCCUCUUCGCGAGAGAUGUCGAAUCUUUCUUCCGAAUCACUUGCCACUCGUCAAAAUAAAAACUGCCUUCGCAGGAAAAGAUUAUCGCA